AUGGAAAACCCUGUCACUGGAUAAUUUAUAAUUGCCAAAAGUCUUUAAGACCUAGUUACCUACUACUUACCUGGAAAUGCAUCGGAUGCCCAGAUUUAGAAAUUCGUCCAAUACUUCCUCAGAAUUUUAUCUUCAAGGCUCCAAUCUAGCUAUUAGAACGCAGAUCACGAUCAUCUAAGACAAUUAUUACUUAAAAAAGUCACAAGCAAACCAAAGCCUAAUAACCCCAGAUCAAGCAUUGGAGAAGAGGCUUAACGCUUUGAAAAUUUAUUCCAAAAGUUUAAGAAAAACAGAACCCUUAAUAAAUCGACUGAGAUGCUUCACCUAUUACUAUAGCUGUCAGGGGAGGGAGCGAAUAACUCCAAAAGUUCAGGUGGAGUUCUUGAAUCAGUUUUCAAUAAUAAAAUCAUAAACAAGAUUGACUAUCAACCAUCAUAAAACAAGAAGAGAGAUAAAGCUGCAGGAAAUUUAGACAUUGAAAUGAAAGACUCUAGCUCUAAAUCUCAAUCGACCAAGCAAAAGCAGCUUGACUAUCUUAAAAAUAUGCGCUAUAAUUCAAUUUCAGGGGAAAUUAAUGAAGAUACUAUUGUAAGAGAUUUGAUCUAUGUUUUCUAAGGCAUUUAAGGCCAGCACAUUUAAUAUUCAAUGCUGGAAGAUUCAUUUAUCCUUUCUCCUUCGUGUAUUGUUAGUCCCUCAACAAGAAAGAUUAUAAAUGAGUUAUGUGAGCUAGGAUGGCUCUUUAAAAAGGUAUAUGAAUGGCUCAGCAGAAAUCAAGAGACCUAAUCUCAUAUCAAUCAAGUAACCCAGAGCUUAACAUUUGCUAUUCAAAGUGAAUUGACUGAGUAUUAUAGGUUAAUAGCUAUACUUGAAUCUUAAAAGACUAAGUAUAGUCAAGAAGACCCUGCUAAUUAUUUAAAUCUUAAGAAACUAUACUUAUGGAUUCAAGAGCCAUUAGAAAGAAUGAAAUGGUUGGCAAUUAUCAUUGAUUCUGUCUAAAACUUAAGAGGUGGAGCUGUUUGCUCAGCAAUUAACAGUUAUGUCUUAAACGGAAGUCCCUCAACCAAGCAAUUCAUUAGUAGAAUUCUUAAGGAAGUUUCAUCACCUAUCCUAAAUAUGAUAAAAUAAUGGAUGAUAGAGGGCGAAAUAAAUGACCCUUUUCAAGAAUUCUUUGUAGAAGUUGACCCAAUAGUCCCCGAUGAUAAAUUAUGGACUGAAAAAUAUAAACUCAAUUAUAUUAUGAUUCCAUCAUUCCUUACAAACGCCCUUGCUCAUAAGAUUCUUCUAACAGGUAAAGCUGUCAAUUUUAUAAGAAGAUGCUGUUAAGAGCAGGACUGGAUUCUAGACAUUUCUUUGUAGUUGCCAUUUGAGACAAGUACACUUUUAGUUGGUUCAGCUUCGGACACCUUCUAGCACCUUAAGAACUGGGUAGAUCACGCCUAUUAAGUCACCAAUUAACAACUCUUAAAGAUUCUAUUCACCAAGUAUAAAUUUGAGGGUCAUUGUAACAGUAUAAGAAAAUAUCUUUUGAUGGGACAAGGAGACUUUAUGCAAUAUUUAAUGGAUUUAUUGUCAGAUGAAUUGAACAAUUCUGCAGCUUAGAUCUAUAGACAUCAACUAAUGGGCUAGCUUGAAACUGCUAUAAGAUCUAGCAAUGCUCAGUAUCAUGAUCCAGAAUUCCUUAACAGACUAGAUAUUAGAUUACUAGAAAGUUCUCCAGGAGAUAAGGGCUGGGAAAUAUUCAUGCUUGACUAUAGAGUGAAUGAUCUGUCCCCAUUGUCAACAGUAUUUACAGAGGAUAUUAUGUAAAGCUACAAAAAGGUUUUUAACUUUUUGUGGAGAUUAAAGCGUAUUGAAUACUUAUUAUCCUAGUUGUGGCGUAAGAACUAAGAGCAUUCUGAUAAAUUCGAGAAGAUCAAGGGAAUGAGAGAUGUUUUCCAUAAAUUCAACCUUUAUCAUCAUGAGAUGGUUCAUUUCGUAUCUAACAUCCACAAUUAUAUUAUGGUUGAAGUCCUUGAAAGUUAAUGGAAAAUAUUCCAAGAUGACAUGAAGCAAGCUCAAGAUCUAGACUAACUCAUCGAAUAUCAGAAGAAAUUUGUCAAUUCAAUCCUUGACAAGGCUCUGCUAAACGAUAAGAACAACUAGCUAUAUAGAACACUUCAAAAACUUCUUUAAUUAGUUUACUCAUUCACGUAUAUGAAAGACAAGCAUUUUUACUAAAGUGCCAUUGAUGAAUAUGAGAGAAUCAUGAAUAAUCAAUAGAUAGAUCCAAAUAUGCUGGAUGAGGAUGACCUUAAAUCCAAGAUUAGAGUGCAGAGCAUAGACUAAAUGAGGAAAAAUCAUUUUGAAUUUUUGAAAUAAAUCCAAACUUUCAAAGACAGUCUUUUACAAUAGAGUUAAACAAAUCUUAAAUAUCUAUUAUGCAGACUUGACUUUAAUGAGUAUUAUCAUACGAUGGAAGUCAAAAAUCAGUAAGCAUUAUAAGAAAUGAGAAACAGAGGGGGAGUAGGAGAGGAUUUGGACGACAUGGAUGAUGACUAGGAUGAUGAUGAGGAUGAUGAUGACGAAGAUGAUGAUGACUAAGAUGAUGACGAUGAUGAUGAUGAAGAAAAUGACGAUUGUAUCAUUAUCGGAUCGAAUACUAAUCAGCAAGUACAAUAUUCAUAACAGUAACAGCAAUAGAUGUUUUAGCAGUAAUUCCAACAAUAACAAUUCUAAAGAUAGCAGUAUCAAAAUGCUUCAGGGUCAAAAGGAGGAGUAGGUUUAGAUUCAACAUUAGGUCUAAAUAGUUUAGGCGGGGCUUAUGCUUAUAACAGCAAUUUUAAUAGUUAGGGGAAACCUGGUAGUUAUUAAUGA